CGUCACCAGACAUUCAUUUCGCGAAAAAAGCGUUACCAGAUGUUCAUUUCACGGAAAAACGUCACUGGACGUUCAAUUCGCAGAAAAAACAAUUCGCGGAAAAAACGUCACCGGAUAUUCAAUUCGCAGAAAAAACGUUACCAGACGUUCAUUUCGUGGAAAAAAUGUCACCAGACGUUCAUUUCGCGGAAAAAACAUCACCGGACGUUUCAAUUUGCGGAAAAAACGUUACCAAACGUUCAUUUUGCGAAAAAAAUGUCACCGGACGUUCAAUUCGCAAAAAAAAUGUCACCGGACGUUCAAUUCACGAAAAAAACAUCUCCGGACGUUCAAUUCGUGGAAAAAACGUCACUGGACAUUCAUUUUGCAUAAAAACAUCUCCAGACGUUCAAUUCGUGGAAAAAAUGUCACCAGACGUUCAUUUCGUGGAAAAAGCGUCUUCAGACGUUCAAUUCACGGAAAAAAAUAUCACCAAACGUUCAAUUCGCGGAAAAA